AUGCCUAAAUCAUCUAAAUACACUGAAGAUCAGCUUCAAAAGGCCAUUGACACAUUAAAAUUGAAUCCAAAAUUGAAAAUCACGAAUGUGGCGCGAGAAUUUGAAAUUCCAACCUUGGUUGGGUGGAUUAAAGGAAGGAAAUCAAGGACAACAAGGAUUCCAAUCAAUCGAAUAUUGAAUGACAGUCAGGAGGAGGCUCUUAAGAAGAGGAUAAUACAGUUGGAUAGUAAUUUUUACCCUCCCAUCAUUGAGCAUAUUGAAGCUGCUGUGAAUUGA